AUGGACUCCGACGAUUCUGUGAAUGAUUUGCUUGGAGAUGAAUGCAUUGAAGAAGGAGUGAGCAACGAUGCAAGCAUGGCCAAAAAGGACGAAACAGUAGAUCGUCUGAUGAAAGAGCAGCUGGAGCGAGCGAAAAAAAAGAAGCUUGAGUUCGAAGAGAAACAGGAAGAAAAACGAAGGGCUCUGGAGAGAGAAGCAAAAAUGCAUGAACUCGAGCAACAGAUUAAGAACCUGAACAAUGAAGAAGAAGUGGACCGUCUCAGAAAAAAGCAGAAGGAGGAAACAGAAAAAGAAAAACUUCAAUUUGAAAAGAAACAAGAGGAUGAACGACAUGCGUUGGAGAAAGAGGCAAAAAAGCAUCAAUUCGAGCAGGAGAUGGAAAAACUGACAAAUGAAAAAGAAUUAGAUCGUCUGAAGAAAGUUCUGAGAGAGGACAAAGAGGUCGAAACACGUUCAACGGAGGAUAAGAAUGAAAAAAUGGAAGUUGAGAAGGGAAUGAAGGAAGUACUGAAGAAAAUGAAGGAAAUGAAGAACGAACUGAACGAAUUGAAGGAAAUAAAGAAGGAACUGUACGAAUUGAAGCAGGAAAUGAAGGAAAUGAAAGAAAAAGAAAAAAGUCGCCAGGUGGAUGAAGAACGAGCAAAGGUGCAAGAGGAAACGAUCCGUCUUCGAGAACGGGAGGCCGAGCAACGUGCCAGGAAUGAAGAGACUACCCGAUCGAAGCGCGAGCAGGAAAUCACGGAAAGAAGAGAAAGAGAAGAACGUGAGGCCGAGAAGAAGCGGAAAACGAUGGAAAGUCGACCGAACGAAGAACAGACGCCGGCGCUCAGAAAGGAAUCGAAUGACCCAGGCACGUUUAUUAUGAAAUUCAAACAAACAAUUUUAGAUGGUGUGCCAAAAAAUGUGAAAAUAAUUGUAUAUUUUCAGAGAAAGGAGUUUCGGGAAAAAGAAUCCGGUCCACUUCAAGUGAUUCGGACCGAAUUGGUGAGCCUGCCAGAAAACAAGUCGUGCAAUCUUCCACAUCACAAAAAGAAUGGACCGAAAGUAAUCGAAAUGCUGAAGGUUAGUCUGUUUUUUCUAUAAUCCUGAUGCUGUUCUUGUUUCAUCCGCCAUCCAACAUGAAAAUUCGAAAGUGCGAGCUCUCUGUUUUAGAGAGAGCGAAAGAGAGAGAAAGAGAGAGAGAGAGAGAGAGAGAGAGAGAGAGAGAAAUAUGAUGAUUUUCAGAUGAUAUCGCUGCAAAUAAAAGUGGCAAAACCGAUAGAGUGAGGACAGAGAAGAACUUGGUUCCGCCGGUUCCACAAGUCGAUAACUUUUCUCGCAAUUCCGGACUUGAAGUGGAAGAAGAAAGAGUGGCGGAAGAGAGAUGCCCACCAAAAAAGAAAGAAACGGCCGAGGAACAGGAACUCCAAAUGAAGGGAAAGAAAGAAGGAAAUGGGGCUGUCGAGAAACGGAAGAGAGAGGAAUUGCAACAAAAAGAAGAUCAGGAUCGUCUGGCUCGAGAGAAAAAUCUGGAGGCAGAAACGGCGAAAGAGCAGAAUGAGUUUGGCACGAGUGGUGAAGUCGCAACUGCGAACGAAGGAAAUAAAAACCAGUCUAUCAACAACACGGACGAAAUGGAAUCGCAAGAAGCGCAGAAGGACCUAGAACCGGGUAUAAUCAGUCUCAAAUCGUGCUCUCCAAUUUUGCUGUCGACAAACUCUAUUAAAACUCACCCAAAAGAAGCAUGCGUUUAAAUUCCACAUUAUCGCUUUUGAAGAGAUCUAACUAAUUUUUGUUGAGCUGGGUCGUUCCGGAAAAAUAAUUCCGCCGCUUUUCAGGAAAUGAGAAGAUUGUAGAGUUGGAAGACGACGACGAUGAUGUUAUUAUUUCCAAAGCUCUGUCCCCAAACAGCCCCCGUGAAGGCGUUGUUGACUUCACUGAUCCUUAUGAAAGUGAUUUAGGUAUGUAUGUUUUUAUGAGCUGACCGAAACUGGCGAAAAUAGUUGUGUUUCACUUCCAUCGUUGGCCCAUUUAACUUUAAAACUUUGCACUGACGAAAAUGAGACAUAUUUUAUCAGGUAGAGAGAGAGAGAGAGAGAGAAAACAUACUGUUAAAUUGAUUUAGUUUGAGCCGGGGCGUUCCAGAAAGAUAAUCAUUUUGAUUUUCAGAAGAUCUUGAUGAAACUGACAACGCGGAGACGGAUGAAGUGGAAGAAGAAAUGCCCGUUCCCACUAGUCCACCAGCAAUUCGCUCGUCUGGCAUCAUCGCAGAUUCGGAAGAAUUGCAGAAAGAAUCAAGUAUUUUUUCCGUGAAUUUCUGAGAACUUUAUGAAAUGGUUUUUUUUUCAGAUGAAGGCAGUUUGAGAGGAGAAGAAGCAAAGAAGCACAAUGAAAAAUUGAAAAAAGAAGACGAAGCGCGUAAAGCCAAAGAGAAACAAGAGAAGAAAGAGCUUCAACGAUUAAAAUGGAAUAUCUUGGAAAAAGAGAAAGGGGCGGAGCAAAAAGCAGACAUUCAAAGCGAGAAAGGAAGUGAACCUGGCAGAGCAUCACCACAGCCAAAAAAAGCAAACGGACAGCUGAAGGGUAUUGUCUUUUCGAGAUAUAUAUGUACAGUCUAUUGAAUUCUUGUAGGUAAAACGAUAAAAAGAAGAAGAGCACAUCCGGAAUCUACGCUGUCGUCUGCAGAUACUUCUCCGAAGAAAGCGAGAAAGCGGGGAAGACCAAGACUUACUUAUAUUGAUAGUUCGGAAGAGCAAACAAUCACACGAACGCAGGAUCAAAUUGUAUUACAUUUUCAUCAAAGUGAAUUGUCUAUGAUCACACUUUCAGGACGAGAAAUGGCCAGAAUCGGACGUUAUCCUGCAUCAGAACUUCGGAAAAGACACGCUGACGGAAGCCUUCAACAGAUUUGUCUUGUUCGCAAUAUCGGAAUUGUAUCCUGAUCUGCCAGAAGAAAACGUUCGGCUAAUGAAAGUACACGAAUACAUUAAAAACAGAAUGGUGGGACAAUUUCCAAGUAUUUCUUCUUUAAGUUAAUCAUGACAUUUUCAGCCCGAAAUGAACCACUUUCACGUUCCAGUGGACAUUGACAAAGUGUACACGGAAAAAGAAUGGGAAGAUUACAGAAAGCUGGGAGAGUAUUUUCGAGCGUGCAUAAGUGAAGAAAUAAUUGAGCUUGAGAAGAUUCCCGAUAUUCCGAGUACCGUGCAGUUUAAAACCCCUGCCCUCUGUUUCACGGGAAAGCGGCACGUUCCACUGACUGCCACAUUCGACGAAGUUGAACAGCGAUCGAUCCGAUCCGUGAAAGCUCGGAAAAACUUCAUUUUCACGGAGGAAGAACUUCAGAAACGCCCGAUCAGUGAUGUUGCCAAACGAGAGAAAGAGAUGCUGCUCAAAGAAGCAGGAAUGCAGAUGGUUGAAUCGAAGUACCAUCCGACUCCCGUGUACGAUUGCAAAAAGGACGAACUUCAUGGAGAGAAGGUCAAGAGAAUGAUGUUUUGCUCGUCAAUGAUGAUGUUCAAGAAUUUUGAAAACGCCACAGAGACAAAUGGACAGCUGUUCAGUGCAGAGACAAUCGGAAACAUAUCUGCCGAUGAGAAAAUCGAUGUCGCUCAUCAGCCUCCUCAACCAGCCAAUACAAACAGAAAUAUUUACGGAGCAUCCAACUGGCGGUAUGCAUCGCGAAUCGGAGAGAUGCCUUUAAGACAACAUCUCGAAUAUAUCAGAAAAAUGAAGGAUCAUGGUCUGAAAAGUAAGUUGUGCGCUCGCGCCAAAAAUUCAAAUGAUUGAAUUUCAGUUCUGGACGAAAUGAUGGCAAGUGUGGAACUCGAAAAAUCGGAUGAAGAAAACGUUGCGGCGUUGAAGGCUACGGAGGAACGGUUGACGAAGAGUCUGAAGGAUGUGGAGCUUUUGGCCAACAUCGAUUGGAUGGAUUACGAUAGUGUAUUGUUCUGGGUGAACUUUGGCACAAAUAUUGACAUAAACAAUCCGAAGAAAUACAAGGAGCAGCAAGAGGAGUUCAAAAAGUGGCCAAAAUACAUUCAACCAUUCAACGUUGAAGAAAACCUGCUGAGCUCUCUGAAAGAAGACAUUUUGGGCGUCAAUACUGUGCAAAUAUAUUCAAAGUCGUUCGGAGUGCGAACAGCGGCUCAUAAGGAGAAUUGCUCUUUUGGGUCGGUGAAUGUCAAUCGUGGAGGAGCAGAUUGCACUUGGUACGCGAUACCUGAGGAAUACAGCAAUCUCACAGAGGAGCUCGUCCAGAAAAAGAGUGUCCAACACGGCGAAGUUCAGUUCUACGGCCAAAAUUUCUGGCCGUGCGAGGAAGAAGUUCUGAAAGCUGGGAUUCCCCUUCAAAAAGCUCUACAAAAGCCAGGAGACGCUGUUGUUGUGAUGCCCGGCACAUUGCAUUGGGUGCAAUCCGAGGGAUUCUGCGACAACUACGCCUACAACUUCUGUCCGCCGUCCGAAAUUCAACUUCGCAUGGCGCUUGUGACUACAACAGAAUAUCGGAAUAAGAAGAACGGCCAAGCCCCAUUGUGCAAAAUGAUCUGGGAUAUUGCUGAAGAAGGAAGAUUCCGAGACAACAAGCCGAUUUAUGAUCUCGUCCGAGACGUUCUUAUAAGGUAAGUUUGAAAGAAAAAAGUUUAAAAAUCUAUAUACAUGUUCAUUCAGAUCUCUGGGACAUUUCAUCAUGCACAGGGAGGCUCUUCUGCAACAAAACCCAAGUGUGAAGAUUAAGAUGAAAGAUCCGCCCGCAGUCACAUUCCGUUGUUCUGAAUGCCAAGUAGAGAUAUUUAAUCUCGUUUGCACCAGAGGUAUCAAGAAUAUAACUGCUUUCUGCUGGCAAUGCAGGUGAGACAUUCCAUUCAUCAAUUUGUCAUUCUCAUAUGCGUUCUUUCAGCACGAAGACAAGAGGAAGAAAGCGAUACCAACAACACUAUUCUAUGGAAUGGCUGAAAGCGGUAUUUAACAAAUACCAAGAGCUAUAAUUGUUUUGUUUUUCAUUCACGUUCAUGGCCCAAGGAAUUCUUUCGGUUAUGCUUUUUCCACUUCUGUUCUCGUAUCCUAAUCCAUUUCUGAUCCUUCCUCUGCUACAUCUCAUUUUUUCUUUUCACCUUUUCCAUCGUAUUAUCUCUGUUUCCACUCUCCCAAAUUUAUCAAAGCACAUACGAUACUCAUUCACGAGUUCAUGUUCAAAUUGUCUUUCUCACGUCAUCUAUUGUAGUUCGAAUUGUCGUCCUACCCAGUUUUCUUUUGUUUUGUUGACUAUUUCAUAACUUUUCUGUGCUUUGUUUCUGUUUUUCGUUUCUUGAAAGUUCUCUCCAUUUUCUUCAGCUUCCUCUCAUGUUUGUUACGUGCUGGACCCCCCCCCCCUUUUUUCGCUUCUCUUUUUGUUUGAAAUAUUGGAAACCGACAUAAUUUUGUUCGAUUAUAUAACAAUGAAAAUAAUAAAUCUAUGACAUUUAUUUUCUCAAUGGGACCCUUCCCUGUCUCCUUUUUUGAAGAUCAGGGUGGAGUUAGACGUUUUCCUGAUGGAACUCUUCCGCUUGCGAGGUAUUUCGAGAAUCGGUCCUUCUGAUUUUGUCAUUGCCCGCUGUUUUCCCGUUCGGAAAAGAAUGGAUAGCAGUGCGGACAAGGUGGUGUUUUUAUUGUGAUGGGCACCGUAGGGAGGGCGGCAGCUACUUCUGAAUAGCUGAAUAAAUAGAGAACUUCUUGAUCCGUCAUGGUCCUUGAAGUGAGACUCCCCUUAUCGAAAUUUCCUAAAUUGUUUCAAUUCAGUCGGUUACACUCAGUAUUGGCCUCGCAAAAAAGUGAAAUUCAAGCUCCUCUAAACGUGGCUGGCGGCCGAAGUUUUACGCCUCGGCCGAUUGAAAAAAAAACAUUAAAAGGAUGACAUGACCGAUAUUUUGCACGGCGGCCAAGGCGGAGCAGGAUUGUCAUCAUUUCGCGUGGCUUAUACUGACGUUCUCUUUUCAGAUUUCUAUGUGAUUGGAGGUCCUUUGUUAGUUUUGAAAGUUCAGAAACUAACUAAAUACUAUUCUCUCUCUCUUCUUCUUUUUGCUUCCUCUCCCGUUUUCUUUUAAUAAUUUAAUAUCGCAACAAAAUUCGAUAUCACGGAUAUUCUAUAAUGUUCAGAUGAGUGAAUCGGCAGUUUUGAAGAACGGACAACUUCCGAUCACCGGACUGGAAAAAGCGACUCCCUGGCAACUUUACAUCUACCAUCACAAAAUGGCACAAGCGGAAAAACUUGCCGAAAAACUCGUGAUCAGAGAGUUGAAUGCGAUGGAGUACAAGGGAAUUGAGACACGUAUUUUGAACCUGAAGAGUUCAGCGAUCGACGCUCUGAAGGAGGAAACACCGUCUGUGAGUGAUCUAACACGUGAGUAAUAUAUUUUCAAAAAUCAUAAAUUACGUGUGUUUUUGUUACAGAAGAAAUAGCGGCGGUAGGACCCCGCACAAAUGACUUCUUCGAAACGAAAUACUCGCUGGAAAACAUGCAGGACUAUUAUGAUCGUUAUGCGGAUGCAAACCGCAUAUACGCGGAUUAUUGGGAGUGCGCCGACCAAAGAAAGAAGCAGCAACUUCUUCAACAAUAUCACGAAGCCAAACGGGAGGCAGUGGGUUGCCUGAUGACGGGAAAAGAAUUGGAGCUGAUUCAUCUGAAUUUUCGGCCAAGAACAAAGGAACCAGAAGCAGUUAAUGGAAAUAACAGUGAGCGUUUCUGUCACAAUUUUUUGAACAUUUGAAUUGAUUGCAGAUCAAAAUGGUGAGAAAUCUGGAAAUGGUCCUGAAAAUGGCUUUGGAGAUGAAUCCGCUGGGAGUGUCCCGAAGGAGAAAUUACGGGAACUGGGUUUGUUAUUGAAAAGAGGUAUCCCCAGAGAUAUGGCUUCUGUGGAUCCGUGGGCUACUCCGUCGAAAGUUCAAAAAUUGCCUAAUUUCUUCACAACCGCUUUCUGUUCUUCGCCUGUUGCUUCUACAUCUUCUCAUGUUCCCCCUCGUCAAACAUACACUCGUCCUUGAAUUAUUUUGCAUGUUUCCCGUUCUGUCGUCACUUUUUUCCCAAUCUUUAUUCAAAAUUCGUUCUUUUCCUUUUACUCUGUAAACAAUAAACUGCAUUUUUUCAACACGCCUACCUUUUCAUCUUGUAACAGCUCUAAUUAGCCUCUCAGACAGGUGUUAUAAGCGUGCCAGUUAAUACGCGGUCCUGGUGAGCGGAGAGAUGACGGGCGGAGCAGGUGGUACAGAGAAGAGGAUUAAGGCAGAGAGGAAAGGGGGUAGGGGAGAUCGCAUAUCCAGAUAACCCCUAAUUAGCCUGUCGCACGUGCUCAUUGCACGCAUUUCUGCUCAUUUGCUCACUCUUUUACUUGAACAUUUUUCCUCAUUUCUCCUCUUUUCAGCCCGAAAUGUCGUGCUAUCGUGGUCGUCCGACUAUCAUGUCUUCUGUCAAAGCGUCUACCUCAUCGGUGGACACUUUUGUCGGCGAGUUCCGGCCGAAAUACCCUCCUCUCUACUUUCGGAUCCCAGAGCAUUUCACUCCUGCCCAAAGAUAUCACUUUCGACAAAUGUUUAACGUUCCGAAUCCUGCAAUCAAGGAGGAGAAAGUGGAAGUGAAGAAGGAGGAGGAGCAGAAGGAUCAGAAGGAUCGGAAGGAUCAGAAGAAGAUCGAACCGAAGGCCGAACCACUACCUGAGGAUUGCGUGCAAGUGACAUUCAAAUCGCUCUCAAUUUCAUUUGUAAGCUUUUUCCCAUUUGAAAGCCGAGUUAAAGUUUUGGAUUUUCAGUCUAACACCCCCGGAAAUGGAAAAAUGGUGGAUCUCGUCGAAUAA